AUGGUGGGUUCUUACUCGAAAAAGCGCAAGGUCCAUGAUGGCAUGCGCGGCAAAACCGCCAGGCCCAAGAAAUUUCGCAGACAAACCGCCUAUCACAGCAGCUCGGAAGACGAAAAGGACGACAAUGAAGAUUUCAAGGCCGUCAAUCUCGCCGAUUCUGACGAAGAGGAGGACGGUGGCGUUUCAGUGAACAAGGACUCGGCUGUCGAGCCUUUCUCCAAAAAAACAAAGGCAAAGCCUGCGCCGGAACCAAAGACCAAACCCGCCAAAGACGACGAAGAAUCCGAAUCCAGCGUCGACGAGAAGGACGACGAGUAUGAAGACGAACCCGCCGUGGACUUGGAAGACAACGAUACUUCUGGCUCUGAAGAGGAAGACAACCUCUCCGACUCAGGCGAGUCCGACGCAGGGAACAAGGGCCGUGCCAUUCCCAAGCGCAACGAUCCUUCCGCCUUCUCGACCUCCAUCUCCAAAAUUCUGUCUACGAAGCUCCCCUCCUCUGCUCGCGCUGAUCCCGUUCUUUCCCGAAGCAGAAUUGCUCAACAAUCCAGAGAUGAAUUUGCCAACGAAAAACUCGACAAGCAAGCGCGGGCCAAGUUGCGCGCCGACAAAAAGGAAGAAUUGGACCGCGGUCGUGUCCGCGAUGUCAUGGGUAUUGAGAGAGGGGUCGCUGGAAACGUCGCCGAAGAUGAGAAACGACUGCGCAAGAUGGCUCAGCGCGGUGUGGUGAAGCUUUUCAAUGCCGUGCGCGCAGCACAGGUCCGCGGCGAGGAAGCUGCCAAGGAUGAACGCAAGAAGGGAACCAUUGGCAUUGACGAGCGUGAGAAGGCCGUCAACGAAGUCAGCAAGCAAGGAUUCCUCGACUUGAUCAAUGGCAAGAAGGGCAAGCCUCUCAACAUUGAGGAGGCUUAG